CUUUCUCAAUGCCUGUUACUUGUGGAAAGACACGACUUGGAGGGCCAUCACUGGUCCCCAGUCGAGCAUGCCCUGAAAGGUCCAAGCAGGGAACGGUAAGAAUCUGGAAAGGCAGGCCCCCCCUGAGUUCUUCCCUGGCACAACACACCGCCUUGGACACUGUGUGUCAACAGCCUCGAUGGAUCAUAUAACCAAGCCCUUUGACCCAGCGUCGUCCGACAUUCCUGUCCCUCGCCUAAGCAAUACCAAGUAUGAUGGCUUAGACUUUGCAACAUAUCCUGACCGUCGAGGUUGGGACCUGUCACGCCUUCUGGCGGGAGACUUCUCGCAACAUGACCAAGAAGCCACAGCAGGCUUUCUCCAGGAUUGGUUGUUCUUUGGGACUCUUGCCACCGUCAUUGCUGAAGCAGCCAAGGAUGAAAUUGCCAGCUACGUGCAGACUGGUGGUGACAGCAAAUAUGGUUAUGUCAAUACCAGUCUCUUGCCCAAGCAUUUGCACGAUCGACUGAACUAUCUGAAAGUCAUGGCAUUUGACCAACCGGAGCUGGCAAAAACUCUGGUUCGAUCGGCAGAGAAAUGCCUGCAGACUUUGUCUUAUAUGUGUUGUAUGGCCAGUUGUUCAGUCAACGGAUUGGAGUCGACAGAGGACAGAAAGGUGAUCUGGCCGCUGCCACCGGAAGUUGACCUCUCUCUGCGUGUCUUGGGCCAGCUCUUUGCUUCCGCUUUCUAUGGUGGUCUGAUGACGGAUUUCAUCACAGCUCGUCUGCCUCCCACGGCUCUUCCUCAAUUGCAAUUCCCGCCGGGAAAUUUGCUGGUGUCCAGGAUGCGACAAUCUGGAUGGUGUCCGAGUGAUGUGUCCAUGGUAUCACAGGACUUUUCACCUUCGACCAUGGUCUACCUCAGUCGGUUGAAGAGAGAAGCAACUUCGAGAGACCAUUCAGCCUGCACGAGUCAGAAAUGCUUCGCGUUCCAGAUUGACGAUUCGACAUACACCUCCAAGCACUGUCAAGAGAAUUGCACCUGUGAAUAUGUUGGACCGCCAAUUGACCAAGUCGUCAAAAUCAUCGCGAGUGGAGGGGUACCUCUGAUGUCGAUCGUCAUUGAUCAGGUGUCGGACGAGAUCGAGAUCAAGGUGGAAGAGUACAAACCUGGCCAGGAGUAUGUCUGUUUCUCCCAUGUCUGGUCAGACGGACUAGGCAAUGCCAAUGACAACACCUUGCCACGCUGUCAAAUUGUCCGACUUCGAGGACUGUUGGACGACUUGGCCGGAAUGAAGUCUAGACGUGAGCUUCUCAACACCGCUCGCUUCAGCGCAUUCAUGCGUAAGCAACGCAAACUAAGCAUGCGGUUCUGGCUCGACACUCUCUGUGUGCCAGUUCAAAAACAAUACGUCGACAUCCGAAAGAUGGCCAUCCGCCACAUGAACAAUGUCUAUGCCAACACAUACCACCUCCUGGUCCUGGACGCCGAGCUCCAGAAAAUUGCCGUUCCGGACCUACGAGAAACACUUCUCCGAGUAUCUAUCUGUGGAUGGAUGCGCAGGUUAUGGACUCUGCUCGAGGGUGUAGUUGGAGCCCGUGCCCAUAUCAAGUUCAAGGAUCGGAUCAUCGACCUUGAGACCGUAUACGAGCAGUUCAGCGAGGAUGAUCAGCAAUUGGACAUGUCUCGAUUGAUGAGACAGAGUGCUGGAUCGUUGGAAAGCGACGCAGUCAAGUUUUAUUGGAAAAUGGCUUUGUUUCGAAAGACGAUCCGAUCGUCUGACAGUUUACAGCGCAAAAUGUUUGGAUAUACGGUGACAUAUGAAACCAAAUUCUUUCAGGGAAAGACAGAGAUGAUGAAAUACGAUGCGAAUCUAGAGCGACAGAGCCAAUGUCUCGCGGUCAUGGAGGCUUUUGUGGCGAGUCGAUGGCGCACCACCAGUAGACGCGAAGACGUCUACCUAUGCCUUGCUAACCUUCUGGGCUGGAACACCGAAGGCCUGUCAAAGGUUCCAGUGGAACAAAGGAUGCGAAACCUUCUGGAGCAACAGCAAGAUCUUCCACAAGGGUUGAUAUUCGUUUCUGGUUCUCGCAUGGCAGAACCAGGGUGGCGGUGGGCUGUGACGGAUUUCGAUUCUCCGGGGACUUCUCCAUUCGGUGCUCGAAUCCCAAUCAACGAUGCCACCGCCGCGCAUCGUGACGGGAAUGGCUUGACAGUCAAGUACCCAGGGCUGCUUCUCCCUUCUGUAUUGACCAACAUUAUCGACGAGCAGAUCCUGGUCCCCACGGCCGACGAUGGAGGGUCUGACCAAUUGAAGUGGUGGCGGAUCCGACUGGACAACCAACAAAUUUCACAUGGGGAAGCAAACCAGGCCGGGCCAUCUUAUGGGUUUGCACUUCUCUUUUACGAUGGUCGCGGUAAUGUCGAAACCCCAAUCCCGGGGAACGUGGCUAUGGCUGCAGCUUUGGUCUCCUUGGAUGGAGAACCCUUUUCAUCUACCAAUCCUGUUACCACGGCCGCAAGCACAGCUUGUUCCUUCAUAUCGCUCGCAGCUCUUGAAGCGAUAGGCUCGGCGCAGGAGUUUAUGGCAUUACGACAGAGAAAAGACUUGAAUAUACGGUUUGUCGAGGACGAGGCACAACUUGUUAGGCAGAGAUGGACAGUUGGGUAAAGGUAGUGGGAUUGACACCUGGAGUCUUACUCUGGCUCUUGCUCUUACAUCACGACAAGGCAGGAUCUUGGAUCUUUGGGCUUAGAUGGCAAUGAAAACUGGGAUCUAUGCCCAUCAAUUGAUUUGAUCUAGUUAUGGGAAGUGUUGUUACAUGGAUCAUGAAGAACUCAUCGUCGUCAUUGUCGUCAGGAGUCGAGAUAUUGAAUGAAUAAUUUAGAGCCGAGAAUCUGAGAAAGAUAUGUUUCCUUGAUGGUCCUCUCCCCAACCAAGGUUUCCCCC